AUGUCGAAUGAGGAAAGACGAAAAGGCUAUUACGACGAAUUAUUCAAAAAUACUUUUGCUGAUCAAAAUGAAUCAGCUGGGAGCGAUUCUGAUGAUAAUAAUGAAGGUGCUGUGGGAAAUGUUAGUAAAUCUUCAGUGAUCCGCCCCGGAUGCUCCGGAAAAUUACGGAAAGGACAAUUAAUAUUUGACGCUUGUUUUGAAAGUGGAAAUCUGGGAAAAGUUGCGUAUGUUAGCGACUAUGAAUAUGAUCUUUUUAUUCGUCCCGACACAUGUAAUACACGAUUCAGAGUGUGGUUCAAUUUUACUGUUGAAAACACCAAAUAUCAGCAGCAAGACGAAAUCGCUUUAUCGGGAAGGUAUGUCUCCGUUAGUCAAGUCAUCCAGCCGUCCAUCCUGCAACAAAGACGUCUAGAUCUUCUAACAAUUACUCAUCCCAGUAAUUUCAACGCAACAAACAACAACAGAAAGCGUAUAAUAUUUGUAACCGCUCGUGUACAUCCUGGGGAAACGCCGUCAUCUUAUGUUUGUCAGGGAUUUAUAGACUUCAUGGUUAGUAAUCAUCCAGUUGCUAAACAGCUACGUGAACAUUUGGUAUUUAAAAUUGUUCCUAUGUUAAACCCAGAUGGUGUUUAUUUGGGCAACUAUAGAUCUUCUUUAAUGGGUUUCGAUCUGAAUCGUCAAUGGCAGUCUCCAUCUUUAUGGGCGCAUCCUACCAUUUAUGCAACGAAACAACUGUUAAUGAACUUGGAUAACGAUACAUCUGCAGAUGUCAAUUUCUUCAUAGAUAUACAUGCACAUUCUACACUUAUGAAUGGGUUUAUGUAUGGAAAUAUAUACGAAGAUGAAAAGCGAGCUGAAAGGCAGGCUACAUUUCCCAGUUUGCUAAGUCAAUUCGCUGAAGAUUUUAGCCUACCACAGACCAAUUUUAAUAAAGAUAGUUUGAAAGCUGGAACAGGUCGACGCACGUUGGGUGGUAUUUUGGAUGAUCACACCCUUUGUUACACGUUGGAAGUAUCAUUCUACAGUUAUACAAAUAUGUUAACUGGUGAAAUGAUCCCAUAUACUGAAGAAAAAUAUGCUCGAUUGGGCAGAAAUCUAGCCAGAACAUUUUAUGAAUAUUACCUCAAUGAAGGUCUUCUACGAAAGGUGCAACAUAAGACUGAACAAGUUUGCUCAUCCGAAAGUGUUGCGACUGCACUAAGUACUAAUUAUGAUUCUACUAGCCCCAGGGAACCAACUGCACAUUCAGAAGACAGUUACAGUCAACAAUAUCAAAACAACAAUCAAAACGACAAUACAACCAGCAAAGAACAUACUACUCAACGUACAUCACAUAAAAGUAGUUUAAAAGAUAGACUAAAAUAUGAUUAUGACCAGUUGAAACGUUUAAAUCAAACAUUAAAUUCACUCAGUUGCCGUACGAUAUCAAAUUCUUUCUUGAAGAACACACGUCCAGUAAGAGGGAAGUGGGAUGAAAAUAGUUAA